AUGCGGCAAUGCCUUAGUUGGACGGCAAAUUCAGAGCUCCUCUCCCCGCAUUCUUGCUCCAACUCCAACCUCCUUGCCACGCCACUUGGUGCACCCCUCAUGGCUAUCAAGGCCAAAAACCCACUGGCCUUUACGCCAUGGCCGGUUACCAUCAUCGUAACAGUGGUCUAUCUAGCUCUGCUUAUUCCCGUGAUCGUUCUCCACGAAAAUGUUCCCUCCGCACCCCGAACGAGCCCCAAGGGCCUGAACCUUACCGAAGCAUGGUCUGAUCUGCAGACUCUGACCGGCGGCUUCCACCCUUACAACACUCACCGUAAUGAUGAAGUUCGAUCUUGGCUACUUGAGCGCAUCGACGCGAUCCAUUCUUCUUCCGUCGCGACAGCUGCUGCUGCAAAUGAGACGACACCGGAAGUUUUCGUGUUCGAUGACAUGACCUCAAACCUAACUUCGAUUGACAGUCAAGUUGGUGUAUACUUUGAAGGAACAAACAUUCUCGUUUACAUCCGUGGCUGGGAAGACAAGCAGGAAAACUGGUGGGAGGUUCCCGGAAAAAUCCCCACGGGAAAGGGCGGCGUGCUCGUUAAUGCGCACUACGACAGUGUCUCGACCGGAUAUGGCGCUACCGAUGACGGUGUUGGCGUUGUGACCUGCCUCCAGCUUCUGCGAUACUUUACGACGCCCGCGCAUGCGCCGCGCCGCGGAUUGGUGGUGCUGUUCAACAACGGCGAAGAGGAUUACUUGAACGGCGCACGCGCGUACAGCCAGCACCCGAUGGCCAAGUUUGCGCAUACAUUCGUCAACCUUGAGGGAGCGGGUGCUGGCGGUCGUGCUACGUUGUUCCGGAGCUCGGACACAGAGGUUACGCAGUCUUAUGCGAAAUCGAAGUAUCCCUUCGGAUCGGUAUUGAGUGCCAACGGCUUCGAGAGUGGUCUCGUCAAGAGUCAGACCGAUUAUGUCGUCUUCCAGGGCAUGCUGGGUUUGCGGGGACUGGAUGUCGCCUUCUUUGAACCUAGGGCUAGAUACCAUACCGAUCAGGAUGACUCCCGGCAUACUAGCAUGGCCUCAGUGUGGCACAUGCUCUCUGCUGCUGUUGCUUCAACUGAGGAUCUGGUUUCUGACUCAACUGACCGAUACGAUGGCCAUAUCCGGGACGAUGGCCUUGUGCCGAGCGGCACGGGUACAAAGGCUGUAUGGUUUGAUCUUUUCGGCAGCACAUUUGCUGUGUUCCGUAUGCAUACGCUUUUCGCGUUGUCGGUUACUCUGCUGAUCGUUGCUCCCUUGACGCUCUUGGUUACAAGUGUUGCUCUGUCUAAGGCUGAUAAGAUGUAUCUUUUCCGCUCUUCUGUGCAAUUGGAUACUGGCGACGAGACAGUGCCGCUCGGAGGUCUGCGCGGCUUGUUCCGGUUCCCAUUCCUUCUUGCCAUCCCCUCAAGUGUCACCGUGGGAUUGGCCUACUUGGUCACGAAAGUCAACCCCUUUAUUGUGCAUAGUAGUACAUACGCUGUGUGGGCCAUGAUGGUCUCUGCAUGGGUCUUCUUAGCCUGGUUCGUGUCCUGUGUUGCCGACUUUUCGCGACCAUCUGCACUCCACCGCGUAUACACCUGGACCUGGUUGUUUGCUCUAACCUGGGCUCUCUUGGUUGUUGCCACUGUUUAUGUACACGAGGAAGGCCUCGCUGGUGGCUACUUUAUGCUCUUCUACUUCGCAGGUACCUUUUUGGCAACCUUAAUAUCCUAUCUGGAGCUAUUCUCUCUUCCUUCAAAGUCAGAGUACAUUGGUGCCCACGCCCAGAGCUCUCGCCGACCCAGCAGCUUCGGCAGCCGACUUGGCACAUCUUCCGGAGACGAACACGAGGAUGAGGAUGAAGUUGAAGCGGAACCAACGGAAUCGACUUCCCUGCUUCGUAACCCGCAACGGACUACAUUCGCCAACUACGUCACUGUCGCUGGUGGUCAUGCCAACGAAGACGAGCAAGAGGAAUAUGAUCCCAACGUUUAUGGGCACGAGCAAUCGUGGAGUGCCUCGAUGCCUAGCUGGACCUGGAUCCUGCAGUUGCUCGUCACGGUCCCUAUCAUUUUGAUGCUCAUUGCCCCGAUCUCACUAUUGCUGACCAGCGCUCUUCACCAAACGGGUCAAGAUGGCAACCCCCAGCUGUUUGUGUACAUGGCCAUCGCCAGCUUGACAGCCGUGCUAUUCAUGCCGAUGCUGCCAUUCAUCCACCGCUACACCUACCACAUCCCAAUUUUCCUAUUCUUUGUUCUACUUGGAACCCUCAUCUACAACCUUGUCGCAUUCCCAUUCUCAGAUGCCAAUCGCAUUAAGUUGUACUUCUCGCAGCAAGUCGACUUGGAUCAAGGAAACUCAACCGCCUACCUGACUGGCAUGCUUCCAUUCGUGGAAGACGUGGUACAAGGUCUACCUAGCGCAGGGGGUCACGCGGACUGUGCUUGGAGUGAAGCUCUUAAACGUACGCAGUGCUCCUGGAACGGCCCAGAGCCCCACGUCGUUCCUAAUGAGAAUGGCUCUGAUAUCUCGCCUUCUCCAUCCUCGGAAUGGGUCUCAUUCUCCACAGAAUCUACUGGCAAAUCCUCCGUGCGCUUUGUAAUCUCAGGCCAGAACACCCGCUCCUGUCGCAUCACUAUGGACGGUCACCCAAUCACAAAUUUCAAUGUCCUCGGUGGCUCAGAGCCUGACAACCGCUUCCUGCACCCAUCUCAAGAUGGUAUCCAUGAAAUUCGCCUCUGGAGCCGCACUUGGGAGAACAAGUGGACCGUGGAUGUUAACUUCCCUGACGCUCAAGCGGAUUCCACCCUUGCCGAUCAUUCGGACUCUAUCACUGGCCGUGUCUCUUGUAUAUGGAGUGACAUCAACACCCCCGGUCUUAUCCCUGCCCUUGACGAGUUGAGAACGUAUGCUCCUUCUUGGGUGGCUGCGACCAAGUUGACUGAUGGCCUUGUGGAGGGAUACCGGAAGUUCGAGCUGAAGCGGUCUAGCACUGGGCAAUUGCAGUGA